CGCCGCCCGGUGUCACUGGCGUCAGUACUCCAGUCGUGAUAAGUCAGCGGUGUGCCGGGUGUGCGUCGCGUCCAUAUGGUUGUGACUGGCGAACGCACGUGGGUUUUACCGUAAUUGUGACAGUAGUAUUUUCCAUAAAAUGUCAACGGUAAACGUGGAAGACGUGAAGCUGUUUCAGACCAUCGGCCUGAGUGAGCAGAAGGCUAAGGAGACCUUAAAAAAUGCGAACGUCACGAAGAAUCUCAAACUGGCUAUAAGCGAGGCAGCUAAACAUGGAUCUAUUACUCAAGAUACUGGCGUUUUGCUGUACCAUCUAGCUUCCAAGAUAAAAAAUCAGAUUGUGAAUAAGAUACCGUUUAUUACUAAUUACAUAGUCGAGAAGAAACUAGACAGUGUACAGAGGGUGGAUGCCGCGUUGGCUCAUUUGUUGGCUAAUGUGGGUAAUAACGUUGACCUAGCUAAGUUUGAGGAAUCUUGUGGUGUAGGAAUAGUAGUUUUACCUGAACAAAUUGAAGAGGAAGUCGAGAAGAUCAUAAAGGCACACAAAAAUGAAAUAUUGGAAAAGAGGUACCGCUUUAAUGCUGGCCCAUUGAUGCAGCAAGUGCGCAAUACUUUGAAAUGGGCGGAUGGUAAGGCGGUAAAGAACGAAUUCGACGUCCAGCUUCUUGAUCUAUUGGGUCCGAAGGUCGACGCUGAUCUCGCACCAGCACCUAAACCAGCGAAACAAUCAAAGGACAAGCAGACGAAGGCAACCAAGCCAGAAGUUUCGAAGGAAGAGCAGAAGGAAGCACUGAGCAGUGAGAAGGCAGGGGCACAGACUAUAAGUGAACUCAUGAAGACCAAAGUUCACUUCCACAAGCCUGGGGAAAAUUAUAAGACUGACGGAUACGUCGUGACACCAAAUACGCAUCAUCUGCUGCAGAAGCAUUUGAAAGCCACUGGUGGCAAAGUGGUAACGAGAUUCCCGCCGGAACCCAAUGGGAUUUUACAUAUUGGACAUGCGAAGGCUAUCAAUAUCAACUUCGGAUACGCUGCUGCUUACGACGGUAUUUGCUACUUGCGAUACGACGACACCAACCCCGAAAAGGAAGAGGAGAAAUUCUUCGUCGGUAUACGGGAUAUGGUGGAGUGGCUUGGUUACAAACCGGCUAUGAUUACACACUCGUCAGAUUACUUCCAGCAACUGUACGACUGGGCCGUUGAGCUUAUAAAGAAAGGUUUAGCCUACGUUUGUCAUCAGUCCAGUGAGGAGAUGAAGGGUUUCAAUCCUCCACCGAGCCCCUGGCGCGAUAGGCCAGUUGAGGAGAGCCUGCGGCUGUUUAGUGAUAUGAAGGCUGGUAUGUUGGAAGAGGGCGAAGCGACCUUGCGUAUGAAAGUGACUUUGGAGGAAGGCAAGCAAGACCCUGUUGCGUACAGGAUAAAAUACUCGCCGCAUCACCGAACCGGCGACAAAUGGUGCAUCUAUCCCACUUACGAUUACACUCAUUGCUUGUGCGAUAGCAUCGAGAAUAUUACUCAUUCUCUCUGCACAAAGGAGUUCCAAUCGCGGAGAUCGUCUUAUUACUGGCUGUGCAACUCCUUGGACAUUUAUUGCCCCGUUCAGUGGGAAUAUGGCCGAAUGAACGUCAAUUAUACUGUAGUUUCCAAGAGGAAAAUUGCUAAAUUAAUACAAGAAGGAAUAGUGUCUGAUUGGGAUGAUCCCAGAUUAUUUACGUUAACUGCGCUACGUAGACGUGGAUUUCCGCCGGAAGCUAUAAACAAUUUUUGCGCUCAAAUGGGUGUAACUGGUGCACAAGCGACCGUUGAUCCCGCGACGUUGGAAGCGGCCGUUCGGGACGUUUUAAAUCUCACCGCUCCCCGGCAUAUGGUGGUUCUAGAACCUAUCAAAUUGACGAUCAGAAAUUUCCCUCAAGAGAAAGCGAUGAGACUUACUGUACCCAAUUUUCCCAACGAGCCAGAGAGAGGUCAGCACGAGAUUACAUUUGACGAGAUUGUAUAUAUUGAAGCCACGGACUUCAAAGAGAUUGAAGAGAAAGGUUUCAGACGCUUGACACCGAAACAGCCAGUAGGCUUGAAGCAUACAGGCACCGUAAUAACGUUCGAAAGCAUCGAGAAGGACGCCAGUGGUAACAUUACGAACAUAGUUGUUAAACAAGAUCUUGUCUCGGAGAAGAAUAAACCGAAGGCAUUUAUACAUUGGGUGUCCAAUCCGGUAUUGGCAUCCGUUAGACUGUACGAGCGCCUAUUUAAGCACAAAAAUCCGGAAGAUACGAACGAGGUACCGCAUGGAUUUUUGAGCGACAUCAAUCCAUCCAGCAAAAAGGAAAUUGUGGCGUACAUGGACGGUAGUCUAGCUGAAACAGCGAAAGUGUUCGACAAGUUUCAGUUUGAACGUAUAGGUUUUUUCUCCGUCGAUCCCGAUACCAAGCCUAAGAAGCUCGUUUUCAAUCGCACUGUGACAUUGAAGGAAGAUACAGGAAAGAUAUAAAUAUAUAUUUUUCAAGUUAGUAUUGUAUCGCCAAAAAACAUCUACUAUUUUUGCUAUUGUACUUUUUCUACGCUGAGGCAAAAAAUGCGUGCUUUAUUGCGUGACAGCAAACAGUUUUGUUAUGUCAGAGACUUUAUUUUUUUUUCUUUUUUAUAAAGUUUUUCUGAAAGAGAAGCAUGUCAUUUGUAUGAUAUAAUACGUUAUCUUUAAUUUCAAGUUCCAAACGAUUAAUAUAUAUAUUUAUUAUAUAUACAUAUAUAUUGAAAUAUCUUUUUUAUUACAUUCCCAAGGAGAAAUACCUUCGGUUUGUAAACGUCGAUUCAAUAUCUGUAGAUAUCGAUUCGAUGUCGAUGUUUGUAGACGGCGAAUCAACGUCUAUAAAUCGAUUAUUUCGCCUUGGGUUCAUGUUAUGUAUAACUUAUCUUAAAUUUUGCAUGCAUUUUGAUCUUGUGAUAGUUAUAUUUUCACGAAUAAAGAAUUAAGAUCUAUUAAAA